UUGAAAAACUGAUAUUUAGUUUUUGUCCAGGGCGUGUAUUGAAUGCAGUUGCUAAAGGGGACCAUGUACUAACAUAUCGGUAUCCUUUAGAAAAUGCCAAGUUUAAUUUACUUGCAUUAUUUGUUACAGGAAAAGCCAUCUUUGCAUGUAAAAGAAUUAAAGAACACUAGAGGAUAAAAAAGUAUGAGAUUAAUACGUAAACGUCAUAGAGGAAAAAAAAUCUAACAGUGAUAUAUAAAUAUAUUCUAAGACGAUUUUAAAAAUCAUAACUGUUGUCAACUGAGAACACUCAGGAAUUGAAUCUAGCGAUUAAACAUUUUAACCAGCAAGUAACCUUCCUUGAGGAUAACUUGAUAUUUGACAUUUUGAAGUCGUUUUUGAAUAAAUAUCGGUUUCAUAAAAUAAAGUUUGAAAUCAAACAAAACAUAAACAAGAGAUUUAAAAUUAACUAUAAAAAUAAAUAAAUUAAUUGGAACUAUCCUGCAGUUAUUCUAGUGCGUAUUGUAUUUUAUUUAUUUAUGCUAACCCUUUUGAGAAUCACUUUUGUGACCAUGGCAAAACAAGUAGGGGCACUAGGAAUUAGAAGCAGGGGGUUUUUAUUUCUGUAACCAAAAUGUAAAUACUAUUUUAAUAAAAUUGUUUUGUUUUGGUAUUAUUUAUUCUUUAUAUUUUAGUUUGUAAAAACCAAACUAAACGUAUUUAUCAACGAUGUCUUCCAAAAGUGAGUUGAAGAAGUUAUCUGAAGAAAGUUUGACGAGACAACCUGAGGAGGUUUUUGAUAUUAUUUGCAAACUUGGUGAAGGCUCAUAUGGAAGUGUAUAUAAGGCAUUGCACAAGGAAUCUGGGCAAGUUUUAGCUAUCAAGCAGGUUCCUGUUGAUACAGAUCUUCAAGAAAUAAUUAAAGAGAUUUCGAUAAUGCAACAAUGUGAUAGCCCAUAUGUUGUGAAGUACUAUGGAUCUUACUUUAAAAAUACUGAUCUCUGGAUUGUGAUGGAAUAUUGUGGGGCAGGUUCUGUCUCAGACAUCAUGCGGCUUAGGAAGAAAACUCUUACGGAGGAUGAAAUUGCUACCAUUCUUUGUGAUACUCUUAAAGGCCUGGAAUACUUACAUUUAAGAAGGAAAAUUCAUAGGGACAUCAAGGCUGGAAAUAUCCUUCUGAAUACGGAAGGCCAUGCCAAACUUGCAGAUUUCGGUGUUGCUGGACAGUUGACAGAUACUAUGGCCAAGCGUAACACUGUCAUUGGAACGCCUUUCUGGAUGGCUCCUGAAGUGAUUCAAGAAAUUGGGUAUGACUGUAUAACAGCUCUUGAGAUGGCUGAAGGGAAACCACCUUAUGGUGAUAUUCAUCCUAUGCGGGCUAUAUUUAUGAUACCAACAAAACCACCUCCUUCGUUCAGGGAACCUGAUCAGUGGAGCCCUGAAUUCAUAGAUUUUGUCUCAAGGUGUCUUGUCAAGAACCCAGAAGAGAGGGCGACAGCUAGUGAAAUGUUGCAGCAUGAAUUCAUAGGAAACGCAAGACCUCCAAGUAUACUUAGUAUAAUGAUAGCAGAAGCAAGAGAAAUUAGAGAAAAUCAGAACCUUAGGCAUAUUGCUGUAAAUGUGCUUCAUAAACCAACUGUUACCGAUUCUGAAGAAGAAGGAAACAGCGGGACGCUAGUGAGAUAUGAUGAUAUUGAUAAAACAUUAGUUCCUGAGAGAGACGGAGGUAAUACACUGAAAGGUGAUAAGACACUAGUUAACCGAGGAACAAAUAGCUUAGCGGAAAACCUUGGUACCAUGGUGAUCAACAGUGACACAGAAGAUGAGAGCACAAUGAAAAGGCAUGAUACUGGGCCUGGCGAAUCGGGAAAGAAGUAUCGUCCUCUCUUCCUUGAUCACUUUGAUAAGAAAGAAGCAGAGAGUAUUAUGGGAAAUGGCCAGUUGAAUGCCAAGCACAUGAAUCCAAACAACAAUAAUGCUCUACCUGUGCAAAUCCCACAGGCAGCCGCCACAACGUAUGGUUGUGCCUCCUCAACAGCAAGCUACCAUUGGAGUCUACCAUGGGAGCAGCACUCAGUUAUCUGA